CUUUUGCUCGAUUCCAGACUUCAAGCGUCAAGGCUCAACAGGAUCAUUGACUUGCAUCCUAGUGAUUGACCGCUCACUUGUCUGCUCAAAUUGUCCAACAUGGACUUUGUACAGGGUUUGUUCGGUGGCAAGCCCCCGCAGGCGCCACUCGCCGCCGAAGACUCUGACUUUGCAGACUUUGCCGCAGCACCUGCCCCAGUUCCCUCAUCCAUUCCAGCCUCCCCCGCGGAUGCGCAGGCCGCCGCACCCACAGCAGGUUUGGGCACUCGUGGAGUCUACACCAAAUGGUACCGGGUAUGGGAACGCACACAGCCGUCCGACUUCUACAUGGAGGCCAUUAUGAUCCCCAUCCUCCUGGUCGCUCUCCUUGUCCAUCUGUGGGGCACUACCAAGAACCGCAAAAAGGCCACCAAGUGGGUUGCUGUCCAUGCUCCUCUGUUGGAGCGUGAAUUCGCCUUGGUCGGCUACGGCCACACAGCAAAGGUGACUCCCUACGCCGAGGGAGUUCAAGGCGACAGCUUCCUGGAGGCCAGUGCCAAGCUGACUGGCGACAAUGUGUCAGAGGACUUGUACAAGAAAAAGGCGGCUUGGGAGUAUGAGAUGUAUGCCACAGGCCGCUUGAACGUGGCAUUUCUCGACGCCAAGAUACUGCUCAAGAGGAGGAUGAAUCCCCCAAUGUUGAUUGCCGAACAGAUCACGGGCGCUUUCUUCGAGUCUCUCAAACCCAAGGGCGAGAGAGUGGAGAUUGUCAUGUAUACCUUUGAUGGCAAGGAAAAGGAAUUUGUCCCUCCCGCUGUGCCUGGAUCUGAAGAAACUGGCAAGCUCAAAUCGGUUGGAAACUCGGUCUAUGAUCCAUUUGUGUUUGGCAUCGUCAAUAAACUGAGCAUGCGACGUUUGAGGGACGAACGAUACGAUCUGUCGUUGACGUUUACAAAAGACCACCCCAAGCUACCCGACUGGGCGACGGUCAUGAGCGAAAGUGCCGAAGUGACGGAGAAUUUCCUGACCCCCGAUCUGGUGUCUGCGGUCACCAAGGCCGGAGAUCUUUUGGAAUACCUCAUCAUCAGCGAUCAACCAGCUGACAAGCCGACAACGCUCAGUGAGACCACGCCCAAGAAGCGCCUCCAACUUGGGUUGAAGCUCCCUUCCAACGGAGACUAUCUACCUACACUGCCCAUCUUCCAAGCAUUCCUCCGCCUGCCCGACUUUGUUGUGGGCAUGGGCCGACUACGACCCGAGGUCUUGAAAAAGAUCAAUGCGACGCGCGAGAACGAAAAGGCCAAGCUGAAGAAGGUCAGCGAUAGGGAGGCCGAGGAGGAACGACAGAGACAAUUGGAGAAGAUGAAGAAGGAUGAGAGAGAUCGCAAGAUGAAAGGGAUGAGCGCGGAGGAACAACGCAAGUUCUUGGAUCGCGAGAACGAGAAGCAGCGGAAGAAGCAGGAGAAGAAGAUGACUCGGAGAGGUUGAUCUGCUGAUGGGGAGAGCAUCCACUUGUGGAAAACAAGGUCGGUGGAAUGGUGAGCGUGAAUGCAACCAAAAGUAAAUAAUCGUCAGGUGUAAAGAUGCCACGACUAGCCGCCAGACAAGAACCAACAAGCUGCCAGGCCAGAAGUGCACACAGAUUGAUUGAAAUAUGGGUGGAUUUAUUUACAUUAUAAUCCUUAACCAGGACAUUGUGACUUGUGUGAUAUACA